UUCACUAAAGUAGGUGGAGUGCUCAAAAAAUAUCUUAGUUAUCAGCGUGAAGCCAUCCAGACAGCAUCUUAAAACAACAGCGGCUCCAACGAAGACACAACAUCGUAAAGUAAAGACGAAUUGUUGAUUCGACUCGCAUCCAGAUGACACAAUCAAGAAUCCUUCCAACUGCCUUAAUCGCAUUUUUAACUUUCGUUUUUAUAGAAUUAUCCUCUGCCAAGCAAUGCACAAAAAAGCUCAAAACCUUUAUGGAAGAAGACAGUCAGGUCGAUCUCAACUUACUAGAUUUCCAUAACAAGCCAGCUUUUUAUAUUUUAAUCAGCAAGCCUCCAAGUUAUGGAUCGUUAAUAUGUUUUCCUGACGAAUACCACACAGACAAACACUGCAGCCUUACACCCUCAUAUCAACCAAAACCAAAUUACAACGGAGAGGACAGCUUUUCAUAUUUUCUUCUUCAUAAAAAUUUCUCAACUAUUUCAAACGAGGAAUACGAAAUGUGGAUAAUAAUAGAACCCAAAACGGAUAAAAUCGUGGCACGACUAGAUGAAGUUUCCAUGAAACAGUGGGACGAAUAUAUUCACAUACCAGUAUUAAAAAACGACGAAUACGUAGAUGACCCAGCGAUAUGUGUGAACAAAGACAACACACGUGUUGACGGAGACAUUGAAAUAAAAUUUAAAGAUAUUGCCGAGGAGUUGGGAAUGAAUGAAGUGCAAUCAGCAGUACCGUCAAGUCCGGACUGCAUUUUUGAUCAUUUCGACCCGACACUUGAAUCUUGGAUAAAAGGCUCUUUUUGUCUUCCAGAGCAGAGCGCAGGGGCUGGGGCAACCGCUGAUUAUGAUAACGACGGGCUCUUGGAUGUAUAUUACGCAAGAGUUGAUGGUAAUGAUCAAUUGUGGCGAAAUUUGGGAAACGGUUCAUUCAUGUUAGUAACAAAGGAAGCAAACCUUACACAAACAAUGAAUCAUCGAUCAUCGAGCGUCACGUGGGCUGAUAUCGACAAUGAUGGUGAUGUAGAUCUCUAUAUUGGUACUAUUGCCGAAGAGAGAUUCUAUUUUUAUGCUAACGAUGGAAUGGGGCAUUUCACGGAAGAAGCUGUUGAACGUGGCCUAGCGGGAAAACCAACAAUUCCACCUUACAAAACAUCAACAAUGACAAUUGCUGUAGGCGACUACAAUAAAGACGGCUGGUUGGACUUUUACUCGACGGAAUGGUUACCACAUUUGGAUCAAAGCUAUGAUUAUAAAAACGGAAGUCAUUCGCAGGCGAAGCUCUUCAAAAACUUGGGGGCCGAAGGGAAACCAGGUUAUUUCAAGGAUGUGACGGUGGAGGCUGGAUUAGAUUCUAAGCCAGAGCCUCGCACUAGAGCAGACGAGGUAGCAGGUUUGACGAACAUGACACCAUAUAAAAUCAAAAAUAUUGGAUUAUUUAAAGACGUGAUGCCAGGACCUUACAGUCUCUCUGCGAUGUUUACUGAUAUUGAUUCCGAUGGAAAUCUUGAUUUAGUUAUAAGUGGAGAUUUCUUUACAAGCCGUUUGUACUGGGGUACAGCUGAAGGGAAAUUUGUCGAUAGCACAAAAAAAGCUGGGGUUGGUUUAGAAGAGAACGGUAUGGGUUCAACAAUCGCUGAUUUCGAUAACGAUGGUCUUCAAGAUUGGUUCGUCACCAGUAUCUACAUUAGUGAGAAAUAUCGCAAACCAUAUUUCGAAGCUUAUGGCCCAGGUGGAGGGAUGAUUUUUGGAUACACGGGAAAUCGAAUGUAUAGGAACCAAGGACAUCGUAGGUUUUCGGACGAAACGGACCAAACUGGAGUUCGACCAGGUGGAUGGGCGGGAGCAGCGUUCCUUGACUACGAUAAUGACGGAGAUCUUGAUCUCAUUCAUACAAAUGGUUUUGAUGACAGCGAAAGCACAGACUUUGAUUUCUUACACCACACUCCAUCUUUGUUGUACGAAAACCAUGCUGACUCAGCAAACUCAACUUUCUCUUCAGUGGGUGAAAAGGUGGGUAUCACAGACAGACGUGAUGGCAGGGGACUUUUCGUGUUCGAUUACGACAACGAUGGAGAUCAAGACGUAUACAUUGUCUCCAACUGCGAAAAGCCAGUGUUCUAUCGCAACGACGGAGGACACACGAGAGACUGGAUACGAGUAAAUGCGUUUGAAGCCGAAAACAACCGAGUUAGUAUCGGAGCAUGGGUCUACCUCCUAUCCCCGAAAUUUGGUCGAGAACUUUUCCGCGAAAUUCGCAGUUCAUCUGCGUUUUCUGGUCAAGGCGAAAGCACGGCUCAUUUUGGUCUGGCACACGAAACAGUAAAAAAAUUCACUGUGCGCGUUUACUGGCCUGUCACAAAUAAUACACGAGUUAUUGAAAAUGUUCCACGACGAAGCACUCUGAACGUUCGCGACAUCAAGGGAAAACAUAACACCUUGCAGAUGAAUUCAUAUCCCGAGCAAUCAGAAUGUCGCAAGAUACAGGUGACGUCCAUUGAAGAGUAUCCAAGGCAUGGUAACGUGACGAUUCAUCAUAACCACGUGACAUAUUAUCCAGCUUCCGGUUACAAGGGUUUCGACAGUUUUUCAUACGUAGUUAGUGAUGGGAUAACAUCAUCGGUGGGUGAAGUCAAAAUUGAGGUGAAAAAAUCGAAUAAUCACAACGAGCUAACGAAGGAUUUUAACACCUGGGCGACUUUUAGUGGAUUGGCAAACAAUCAAAGAAAUCCCAAUCUUGGGAGAGCUCUCACUCCUCUAUUACGGCUAGCUGCACCAGGUUACGGAGAUCGGUAUGAAACACCAGCUGGACAACAUCGUCCAAAUCCAAGAAAUAUAUCGAACAUUCUAGGAAAUCAGAAGGCCGAUGUCUACAGUCCAUCUAAUUUGAAUCAUAUACACAUUCACUUCGGUCAGCUCCUGGCGCACGACAUUGAUUUCUCAACGCCGUACGCAAACUCUCUACCAACUGAAAACUUUGCAAUAAAGAUUCCAAAAGGCGAUCCCUGGUUUGACCCUUAUUCCACGGGAACGGAAAACAUGAGAUUUCGGCGUUCUGCACAUGCAGCAAACGCUGGUAAACAUGUCGGCGUAGCACGUGAACAGGUCAACAAAGUGUCUUCCUUCAUCGAUCUUUCGGUCAUAUAUGGCUCGGACGACGAUCGUGCUUCCGUCUUGCGUUCAGGUAUUGAUGGAAAACUUCUAACUGAAUCGCAGGAGAAUUUGCCUUUUAAUACAAAGCGGUUACCGAACCUCAACUUGCUCGGUGGACCACGUGAGAAGCUACUACUUUCAGGUGACCCUCGAGUGAAUGUUCAGCCAGGUCUCAUAUGUCUUCACACGAUCUGGGCACGUGAACACAACCGAAUCUGCGAUGAACUCAAAACGCAACAAGCUUUAAGGGAUUACGAUGACGAAACAUUGUUUCAACACGCAAGAUCCAUAACACGCGCAAAAUGGCAAGCCGUGGUCUGGUACGAGUUUUUACCAACAGUCGUUGGAGAAGAAAGAUUCAAGCAAAUACCAUUAUACAACGGGUACAACGAAAGCCUUGAAGUUGGUGUUUUUAACGAAUUUGCAACAGCUGCAUUCCGCUACGGUCACAGCCAAGUUGGUAAUACAAUGUUACGAUUAAAUGAAAACUGGAAUAUCUUAAAAGAUGAAGGCAAUCUUGAUCUUCGAGAUGCAUAUUUUAAUCCAGGUCGUGUCCUUCAUGAGACAGGUAUUGAUCCACUGCUUCGCGGCAUGUUACGACAGCAGGCUCAAAAUGUUGAUACGCUGUUUGUGGACGCAGUGAGGAACUUUUUGUUUGGCACCAACACCCAAGGUCUAGACUUGAUGACGUAUGGCAUCCAAAGAGGUCGAGAUCAUGGAUUGUCUGACUACAACACAGUCCGUAAAGCAUUAGGACAGCAACCUAGAACCUCAUUCACGCAAAUCACUUCGGAUGAAGAUGUACAAAGUAAAUUAGAAAGUCUAUAUUCUAACAUUGACGAUGUUGAUUUAUGGAUGGGUGGGUUAGCUGAGCCACAUCUUCCAGGAGGUUGUGUUGGCGAAACGUUUGCCGAAAUCAUUUCCAAACAAUUCCAAUUGCUUCGCGAUGGCGAUCGCUAUUGGUUUGAAAACCCUUUCUUAGAGCCGACAAAAGAUCGCAUGACGAAGUACAAGCACACAAAACUCGCCAAUAUCCUCGAAAGGAACACCGCCAUUCAAUGGAAACAUAGAUCUUUUUACACUGAUAUCACCGAAAAUAAUUUCAUAAACAAGAAAGUUCGAAUUUUUUGUAAAUUAAGUUCGAAGUUGUGAGAAAAUUGUCGACUUGGUGCACGUGGUCUUGUAAAAACAUAUUUAUAAUUUACGUCUAGUUUAAUCAGUUCCGGUGUCACAAGAAAUAUGUCCCUAAGAAUAGAUCCUCGCAAGCAAAUCACGUAGGAAAUUUGUCCUCCCCAUAACCUGUGUAGCAGAGUAUAGGUGGAUGUGAUAGUUUUUCUGACUGGUUUGAUAAUAUUUGAAUAAACUAAUUUAUCUAUUUAAAUUAUGUUUUAGGAAAUGGGGCCCUCGAGGGUGGGGGGACAGAUUUCCUACAAAAUGUGGCCCAGGGGGGUUUCCUGGCACACCAGCUAAUCAAUUGUUUUGUUUAAGUUACAGUUCACUGGUUUGGCUUCCUAUGGGUCAAUAUGUAAAUAUUCCAAUUUUGAAACAAUAGUCAAUAAAUUAAGUCAUACCUGGA